AUGCCGGCGCGCCUCUCCAGCCGGAACGGGGAGCUUCAGCUCCGCAGGCGGACAAGGGGGCCACGCCGUGGGGGGGGCGCAUGGACACACCCCCCUUAUUUCAAUGGAGAGCGGAGAGCGCCUCUCCCUCCCUGCGCUCUCCCGGGAUCCCCGGUAGAACUCGCCCCCGGGCGAUCAGACCGCGCCGCGGUUUCGGAUUCCGCCCGACGCGCCACCGAGAAGGGUUUCUCUCUGCCAGCUGCUCUUCUCUCUCGCCCUUUAAAGGGGAAGGGGCUUUUCGCCACCCGGAAGAUCCAGAAAGGGGAGACGAUUUUUGUGGAGAAGCCGGUGGUGUCCGCUCAGUUCCUCUGGAACACCCUGUACAAAUAUAAAGCCUGUGAUCACUGUUUGCGAGCUCUGGAAACGGCCGAAGAGAACGCCCAACGGCUGCUCGGGAGAUUUCAGGCCCUGUCUCAUCCGGAGCAGUGCAGCAUCCGCAAAGACCUCCAUCAGCUUUGCCCCGGCUGCCAGGUGGCUUACUGCAGUCCGGAGUGCCGGCAGGCCGCCUGGGACCAAUACCACCAGGUCUUGUGCCUCGGACCUUCCAGGCAGGACCCCAACCAUCCCCUCAACAAACUCCAGGAGGCAUGGAGGAAUGUCCACUACCCGCCGGAGACGGCCAGCAUCAUGCUGAUGGCCAGGAUGGUUGCAACCGUCAAGCAGGCUAAAGACAAGGACUGGUGGAUCAAAGUCUUUGCUCAGUUCUGCAGUAAAACCGCAAACGAGGAAGAGGAAAUUGUCCACAAGCUGCUGGGAGAGAAGUUUAAGGGCCAGCUAGAAGCCCUGCGCGCGCUCUUCACGGAAGCCCUUUACGACGACCAUCUCGCCUGGUGGUUUUCCCCCGAAGGCUUCCGCUCCCUCUUUGCGCUGGUUGGCACCAACGGCCAAGGGAUAGGAACUAGCUCUUUAAGCCAGUGGGUCCACGCCUGCGAUGCCUUAGAGCUUCCCCCCCGGGAACGAGAGCAGUUAGAUGCCUUCAUAGACCAGCUCUAUAAGGACAUUGAGAAAGAGACAGGGGAGUUCCUGAAUUGCGAGGGAUCCGGCCUCUACCUGCUGCAGAGCUGCUGUAACCACAGCUGCAUUCCCAACGCCGAGACGUCAUUCCCAGAGAACAACUUCCUCCUCCACUUGACAGCCUUGGGAGACAUCAGGCCGGGAGAGGAGAUCUGCAUCAGCUACUUAGACUGUUGCCAACGGGAGAGGAGUCGUCACAGCCGACACAAGGUCCUCCGGGAGAACUACCUGUUUGUCUGCUCCUGUCCUAAGUGCCUGGCUCAAGCCAACGAUCCGGACGUGACGUCGGAAGAGGAGGAGGAAGAGGAAGAGGCCGAAGGAGAACCAGAGGAUGCAGAACUGGAGGACGAGAUGACGGACGUUUGACUCCGGGGUCCCGAGGGCAGGCGUGUGGCCUUCCCUGGCGUGGCCUCCUCCGAGGGCCGGGCUGGUUGAUCAGAUGGGUCCUCGGAGUGCCCGCGGCUUGUGUUGGCAGGAGAAAGGAAGGGCUGACACCUCGCAAGAGGGACCGCUGGAAGAACCGGAGGCUGGGGGCCCUUCGAGACGAGCGUGCCCUCCGGAGUCUUCCCCCCGUCCUUGAGAUCUGCGCUCUUCACACGAGCGGCGCCCAAGGAAGACGGAGGGCUUUGGGUUUGCCCCCUGGGAUUCCUUCCCCAGAUGCAACACACUCCGAUGGGGAAAGGAUGCGCCUUGGCCAAUGUUUCCUUAUGCACGCAGUACAGUAAAAGAUUUGUAAUGCAAA